AUGGCAAACGCAAUCGAGUACGCCACUCCUAUUUCCUUCACUAAGACCUGGCAUACCGAGCCCUAUCCGUUCAUCUCCCCAUCGCGAUCGGAACUAUCCGCCAAGGGUAAGAACGUUGUAGUCCUCGGUGGUAGCGCAGGUAUCGGCAAUGCCAUAUCCAUUGCGUUCGCCCAGGCAGGUCCCAAGUCAGUCGCAAUCGUGGGAAGACGCCCGGAUAAGCUUCAGGAGGCCGCAGGAAAGGCCACUGCUGCAGUGUCCGAUCCCACCACACAAGUGCUAGUCGAAUCUGCGGAUCUGCAAGACCGCGCCCAGGUCGACCGAGCAUACCAGUCCAUCGUGGACAAGGUGGGUAAAAUAAAUAUCCUGGUUAUCAAUGCUGUGUUGAUCCCUGCGCCCGGAGCCCUCACAGACUGCAAACCCGACAAGCUCGUCCGUGCAAUUGAAGGUAACCUCUUGAUGGUCAUGAAUGCGUUCCAGGCCUUCUUGCCCUUCGCAGGACCAGAGCCAGUCGUCCUCUACACGUCCACCUGUCUGGCCAACAUCGCACCGACCCCGGGCCUUGCUGGUUACAGCAUCAGUAAGGCUACGUGUCUGAAGGCGAUAGACUAUUUUGCCAUGGAGAAUCCACAUGUGCAUGUGGUCAGCAUUCAGCCCGGCUGGGUGGCAACCGCCUCGAAUGGAUAUCAGGAGGAAGCUCCUGACAAAGCUGAGCUUCCGGGCCAGUUUUACGUCUGGUUGGCAUCUCCCGAGGCCAAGUUCUUGAAAGGAAAGUUUGUUUGGGCCAAUUGGGAUGCGCAGGAGCUCCUGGAGAGAGCCGGCGAGAUUCAGUCAACAAAGCUUCUGAACUGGGUCGUGGAGGGCAUUCCCAUGUGA